UAAAAGAAAGAAAAAACAAAGAAGCCCCCAGAAUUAAUUAGUAAUUAAAAACCUUGCCUGCAGUUAAAUAAAAAAAUAAAAUAAAAAAUAAUCCCUCCGCAGUAAAAUACAAUAUUGUAUCCCGCGCAAUCUCUCAAACCCAAUUUUUUUUUUUCCCCUUUCUUUCUUAGUUUCUAGGGCUCAAAAACCCUUUUCUGCCCUAUUGCCUAUUGCCAUGUUCUCCAACCUUCGAUCCCAAUAAUCUUCUACAAUUCUCUCGGCCAUGGAGGAAGAGAAGAAGAAGGCUUCUGCUUCUGCUUCUGCUUCUGCUUCUGUUGGUGGUGGCGAAUCUUCGGCGUCGAGGGCUUCGUCGUCGUUCGUGAAGGCCGGUGACCGGCAAAUGUUCACGGUGGAGCUCCGACCCGGCGAGACCACCAUAGUCUCCUGGAAGAAGCUCCUGAAAGACGCUAACAAGGUCAAUGGAUCCGCCUCCACCUCCGCUCCUGAACCUCCCGCCAACGCUCACCCCGCCCUCGAGUCCCGCCUCGCUCCGGGACAACCGACUGAAAAUGAAGUGACUGAUGAACCUGGUCCGCAUCGUUUUAGUGCUGUUAUUGAGAAGAUCGAACGUCUCUACAUGGGUAAGGAUAGUAGUGAUGAUGAAGAUCAACGUGAUCUUCCUGAUGAUGAUCAGUAUGAUACAGAAGACUCUUUCAUAGAUGAUGCUGAGCUGGAUGAAUAUUUCGAAGUUGAUAACUCAGCAAUAAAACAUGAUGGUUUUUUUGUUAAUAGGGGGAAGUUAGAACGCAUAAACGAACCUGCUGUAUUACCUAAUCAGCAACCAAAGAAAAGGCGCAGAAGAGAUUUGGAAAAGGGUCAUGUUGAAAAUGAUGAUCAUCAUGCACCAUCUAAACAUGUAAAGAAGGGCAAGUCGGCAGCCACAAAGAUAGCAGCAAUGUUUAUGAAGGACUCUACUAGUCCCUCACAAAAUUUGGCUGUAACAAGUGAACAGUUUCAAGAUGUGAAAUUUCAGAAUCAAUUAAGUGCUCCUGGAAUUCCUUCCAAAAAGAAAUCUGUUGAUACUAAAACGGCAUUUGAUCCUUCCUUAAAAGCAUCUAAUGGCGAUGCUUCUGUAUCCCUAGCAGAAGUCAGGGAUAUUGAUAAGCAGAAGGCUGGAGCUGUUCAUUCUAAGAACCUUGGUGACAAAUUGAAAGAUGCAAGUGGACCCUUUGACACUUCACACCAAAAAUACAUGGACAAAAGUGCUUAUGCACAAUCUAAAUCUCUAUCUGGAAAACCCUUGAACAAUGUUGAUCAGUUGGAAUCAUCAAUUAGGCCAAAAGAAAAGAAUGGCAUUCGUGAACUGUCUGAUAAUAAUUUCUCAGAGGACAAGUAUGCAACCGUGCAAACAACAAAGGUAACACACAGAAAGGAUGGUUCUAAUGUUAGGCCAAAAAGCUCACUCGAAAAGGCCAUUAGGGAGUUAGAGAAGAUGGUUGCUGAAUCAAGGCCACCAGCUGUGGAUAAUCAAGAGGCAGAUAAUUCAUCCCAGGGAGUUAAAAGGAGAUUACCUAGAGAAAUAAAGCUGAAGCUUGCUAAAGUUGCUAGAUUAGCGCAAGCAAGCCAAGGGAGAAUAUCAAAGGAGUUACUUAACCGUCUAAUGAGUAUUCUUGGUCAUCUAAUUCAGCUCAGAACAUUGAAGAGAAACUUGAAAGUCAUGAUUAGUAUGGGUCUUUCAGCAAAACAGGAGAAAGAUGAUAGGUUUCAACUGAUAAAGAGGGAAGUAGUUGAGAUGAUUAAGACACAGCCACCCUCUUUGGAGUUGAAGGCAUUUGGGCAGCAAGCAGGAGCAUCGGAUGAUUUUCAAGAACUUUGUUCUGAAGAAAAAGGAGUCCUUAAAAAAAAAUUUAUUAUGGAUGUUGCUAUGGAGGACAAGAUUUGUGAUCUUUAUGACCUUUUUGUUGAUGGGCUGGAUGAAGAUGCGGGUCCACAAAUUAGAAAGUUAUAUGCUGAGCUUGCGCAAUUGUGGCCAAAUGGUUUCAUGGACAACCAUGGGAUAAAACGAGCAAUUUGUAGGGCAAAAGAGAGAAGGAGGGCAUUGUACACCAAACAUAAGGAACAGGAGAAAAUCAAGAGGAAGAAGAUGUUGGUACCUAAAAUAGAGGAGACUGUUCGAGUUGAGACUAAUUCAAUAGCACAGCCGCAGCCUAUGCGUGAGCGCUUAUCUACUGAAACUGGCAGUCAUGGGUUAACUUCAGCAAACAGGCCUCUCCCUUGUACAACUGCAGCAGUCAGGGCGCACAGUCCCUCUACGAAUGGUCCUCUUAACCUGGACAAGAUAAAACAAGAAAAGUUGAAGGGAACAUCAAGCAAUUCGCUGGAUGAUGCAAGGGUGUCUGAUGGUGGAGUGACAAAGAAGAAGGUAAAGAGGAAGCCGGAAAUCGAGUUGCAUGAAACUAAUUUCCGUCCAGAUAAGUUACCUUCCCAACAGGGAGAAGAAAAACACAAGCCCCUCAAGCAGGCUGCAGCUCUUCCCCCAAAAUCAAACAUUCAGUCAACUGCGCUUCCAAGUGUUGAACAGUCCAGCUGACAUGAUAUAGCUCAAUUAGGAAGUUUACCUCGUUAAAUCUUUUGCAUAACACAAGUAUUUGUAUUUCAAUCUUCUUUUCUUUUUGGUGGGCUUCAUUCAUUCUGACCAACUGAUUGUUACCAUUUUUGUAAUUAUAUGUUCUUUAAUGGUGCCUUCUGGAUUAAAGAUUUAUUUCAAUAGAGAUAACAGCAGCAAGCUAUGCUUUUCUUGUGCAAA